AUGUUUUCUCUCCUUAUUUCGCGCGCAUCGCCUGUAUUUCCAUAUGUAUCUGCAUCUUACUUUUUUCUCUGCCUUCUCAUUCUCACAGUUUCAUACGCUAUAAUCAUCUCAAAUGGCAAAAACAAUCCUCACCAUCCUAAUGCUGGACUCGCACUUUCAAAAGAAGGUAAACUAACGGUGACCUUAUUUCCAGUCACUGUGGUCUCUUUUCUGACCAUUCUUCUUAUUUAUUUAGCUACUCGGACUGUUAAUUCCUCCACCGCUUAUUGAGUAAGUUAUGCCAUGCAGUCUUUUUCCGCAUCACUUACUCAUUUUCUGUGCCAGAUUAUUUCAGUUCUAUAUUCAGUCCCCUAAUAUAUGCAGUAAGAAUGCAAGAGUUUAUGAAAGCAGUCCGGAAUCUUCUUUUUACUAAGACACUACAAGUAACGCGUGUGCAACCCAAUGAACAACUUACAUAACAUGUUCAUACUCACGAAAUACCUGUUGAAGAAAAAACAUGGGAAAUGGGAGAUCUCCUUAUUAGGAAAGCUCUAACAACCUUGCUGAGGUCUUUUUGCUACUAGAUAUAUUUUAUAAUCUUUAAUCAGUGUAACAAAAAUAUGCGUGGUGAGAUAAAGAAAAAAUAAUAAAAUAAAAUAGAGUAAAAUAAUGAUAAAAAAAAAAAAAAAACAGUAGCAAAAAACAAACAAACAGAGAGACAAAAAAACCAGGUAAACUGCUAUGGCAAAUAUUGUUGGAAACUAAAUAAAACAUUUCAUUUCACUUAAGAGUAACAUACAACUUGAGGAGAGGAAAUAUUUUGGCUGCAACUUUCGUAUUUCCGUAAACAUUUUUUCUUUUUGUUAGUUCAAUAACCACACAGCAGUUAAAUAAGUCACACAACAGAUCAAUAACCACACCAGUAGUUCAAUGACCACACAUUAGUUCAUUGAGCGUAAACUAUAAUUGUAGCUGCGGGAAAAAUAGCCACAAAUACGUUUAUUUUUUAAUAAGAAUGCAUAGCAUUAAGUAAGUGGUAAAUACUCAUUUAGCUACGGUACGAGAACUAAAUUGAUAAAUAGCUAUGCUACACUGUAAUUAAGUUCUAGUGAGCUCACUAAUAUAGACAGGAACAUAGACUGAUGUUAAUUUAAAAAUUUUUGUCUGCUCAGAAGGUCUGUCAUUCUCAUCAGGGGCACAGUGAACAGACCUGGAAAGAGAGUCGUCUCAAUACUUGCUUGCCAUUCCAAUCAUCACUGUAUCUUUGAUGUACAGUGGAACCCUGCUCUGCGCAAACCCGCUUGAUUCGGACACCCGUUUUUAAAGGUGAAGGACAGUUCUGUUUCUCCGGAAGAUAUGUAUAUAAAAAAAACUCAACGACAUAUAUUUUGUCGUAUUCAAAAGUAGCCUGCAAAGGGUUAAUACGGACACUAUGGCAUAUCCCUUCGGUGUACGUAUUAACCGGUUUCCAUUGUAAUUAUUUCAAAUGCCAAAAAUAAUCCUUAUUUAAGUGCGCUGGUUGGAUCCUCUGGUUUACCCUUUGUCAGCCGAUGAUCUCAGCAUUUAAGAGGGUCGGAAUGUGAAUGAAAACGGCGAUGCGAUGGUGAAUAAGGAAUUAUUUUAAAGGCGUACAAUUGUGUUAAAAAAGAAAUAGCGCGUGCUUAAGUCUCACGAGGUUUUAGUUUUAUAGGAAUGAUGUACCCUGCUCCGAGGUCGCUAGUUUCACUUUCUCAACUUCAGCUUGAUUGGGCUGUAGCGCCAACAACGGGCCUACACGUGGGGAAAAUUAUGCACUGUAUACUAAAUUUAAUAUAUUGAGAUAAGAUAAAACUGAACUGAAAAGAAAUAUCAUAUCACGAAAUAGGAACCUACGCACCCUAUGUUGAUGUUCUUGAAAACAGACUUGCCUAGUACCUAAGCCUCAUUAUUCAAAGCGGGCUUAUACGUUUUGGGCCACGUGAUCUGUACAACAUACGCCACUAUCGAUAUAUCAAAAUUCAUCAUGAUGGUGAGUCCAGGGGGACACAAACGAAAAAAAAAAAUUUUUCAAAUAAAUAAAUAAAGGAAAAACCAUGUUAGUAACUUUGCUUAUAGCCUCUUAAACUCUCCAUCAUGCUGAAUUUCAAAAUAUUUGAAAGAGGAUAUUCAUUUAGUUUUUAAUAAGCUCGUAUGUCCAAGUAAGGUUUUCUGAUUUUUUUCCCAAGGCGAUAAACCAUCAGCACCGUGAAGUUUUCUGUAGCUGUUCGUUCAUCCCUCGCCUGCACUUUUGAGACAAGUUUAGUUACGAGAUAUGACGACAUCAUAAGUGGCAAGUAGCCACAAGCCAUUUUUGAGUGAAAAUGUGUGUUUUUCAACUUGUUUCAGCAAUAAAAGUAAAGCUUGUGGAUAAAAUGAUGCAAAGUACUUACUUAUGUGUUAUUUUACUUGUCAAGCCAACGAUCAAUUCUCGUGGUUUUUUCUUGAAAAAACCAAGAUGGCGACCAUGUGUGGUGACGUCACAGACCUCCAGCAACGCCACCACCCAUUAAACAUACCUCAUAUUGUAGGGUUUCCACUGAAGGCAAAAUUGUUUCGAAAUACUGGAACAUAUCAAAAACUGAAGGGGGACGGGGGAAGGUCCAUCAACUCCCCUCCCCCUUGUACCACUGUGGGGGUAUGCUUUACGUGUGCCUCCGAGGGUUAAGAAUAACUUUAUCUGUUGUUAGGCCCCAAAACUUAUAUUAUAUGGUUAAUAACCUCUCUUAAAUAAGCAGGUGUCACAUUGAUUAGGCUAUGAUGGACACUGACAAGCUUCCUCUAAUAUAUACUUGAAGUCUUGAAUUGAAAUUCAUGUUUACAAAAUAAAGGGAAACAACUAGAUGGGCAAUUUUCACCUGUUCAUUUUGAGUUCCCUCAAAGAAUAGGAAAAAAUAUAUUUUAAUCCUGGCGAUAAUCAGCAAAAGGAAGGGAAAAUACAAACAAGGAAAUUACACAUUUUAACUACAAAGAGUCAAAGAACUCACUUUUCGACAGUAAGUCCUUAUUCUGUUGUUAUGUUUAAAAUCACUCGCUAGAUAUUGUCCAUUGAUUCUUAUUGUAUGCGACAAACAACUGAACCGUUUCUCACUUGAAUUUUGUCUAGUUUUUAUCAUUAACAGUUGGCAAGAAUAAUUUGCGUCUGUUACGGCAAAAAAAAAAAAAAAAAAAAAAAAAAUUCUUUUACUGAAAAGAAAGAAAGCAUUUCCACGUCCACAUAUAUAGAAGACCAUGAAAUCUACAAUCCAUCAUUAAUUUUCUGCCUGGUGGAAAGACAAUAAAAUGGUCUGCAACCCUUGUAAAUGUAAAGAGCUGGUUGUUAGAAAAAAAAUCACAAUGCACUCUACUCUCCAAUAACAAUAUUCCUCAACGUAAUAGCUUUGUUUUACUAGGAGUAACUCUACAGAGUGACGGGAAAUUUAACGAGCAUAUAAGAACCACGCUUGUCAAAGCAAACAAGCGUUUACACGUCCUACGGACACUAAGAAAGGAACACUACUCGCACGCAGAGAUAGAUCACCUUUUUAUAUCUAUUGCUUUACCAAUUUUAGCUAUGUGCUUUCAGUCUAUGGGGCAUCGGAGUCCGAUCUUACGGUUAUACAAAAAUUUUUAGACCGAUGCCAUAAACGCCGUUUUAUUUUAUUUCCAGUUUUUAUCAAGAACCUUUUAAAUAAACAAGACAGAAACAUUUUAAAGAAACUAAUAUCAACGGAUUGUCACCCACUGAAAGAUAUCAUUCCUGUCCAGAAGACAUGUACAUAAUAUUAGGAAAAAAUGCUGCGCACGCCCGAAAAUUAACACAGAGCGUUUUAUGAACACGUUUGUAAAUAGGUUGAUUUUUAAGCUCCAUUUAUUGUAAUGACAUACUUUUUUUAAUGUACGUAUAUAUAUGUAGAUAUUUUUAUCAUAGAUUUUUACAUUCGGUAUUAUUGUAACAUAAGAUAUGCAGUUUUAUCUUUUGAUGAAAUAAACACUCAUUAUUAUUAUUAUUAUUAUUAUUAUCAUUAUUAUUAUUAUUAUUAUGUCGCAGUAUGAAACUUUGGAAUGCUGUCCACAUUAUGAGUAGUAUAGGGCGCAUAGCGUAACCUACACCACUUGAGAAGCUAUACUUAGAAGUAAAAAAAGGUCGAUACGAAACCUAAUACAAUCCUAAAAUACAUAGUGAUAUGAAUCUCUCUACUUAAACAGCCAAUUUAGAAUAUUAUUAAAUUCUGAUACUCUGUAAAACCUUCGCUAUUAUCAUUAUUAUUUUCAUUAUUAUUAUUAUUAGUGGAUGUUUUAAUUUACACUCUUUUUUUCCUCCGUUUUUUUCAGGUAAUAAAGUUACAUGAAUGUCAGAGAAAGCAACGCUCUGGCUGUAAGAUGAAUCUGAGUACAUUUUAUUUGAGGGUAAACGAAUGCAGUGCUACCAAUGAAUCUUAUGAAGUGUUCAUCUUUUCUGAAACAGAAGAAAGGAUAUGGUUUGCAAGUUUUGUCACUGAAGUAGUUUUCAUUGUUUUGGUAAACGCCUUUACACUCGCCACCUUCGCAACUAACCACCAAUUACGCAAGCGCAGUACGUACCUGAUAAUAAAUCUGACUGUGGCUGAUUUACUAUUUGGAACAACUGAAGGCCUGUUAUCCAUAUUGGAACCAGCUAUCCUUGAGAGGUACCUGCCAUGUUCUACAGAAGAGUGGUUCAGCUGGCAAGAACUUAUGUUACUGACUUUGUAUUUCCUAUUUCCGGUAGCCUCCUUAGUCUAUAUUUUAUUGAUUUCUUUAGAAAGGUUACACGCUACAAUAUAUCCUUUCAAGCACUGCCUUAUUGGACGAAAGGUUUAGUUUAGGAUUAUUGCUUUUAGUUGGUCGCUGGCAUUGGUUCUAGCAUUUGUUUUUGCUUUUCUUUUAUUGCGUGUUUCGUUUGUAUUCCCAUACGUAUAUGCAUCUUUCGCUUUCAUCACCCUUUGUAAUUCUCGCAGUUUCUUAUGUUAGGAUUAUUCUAAACGUCAAGAAAUAUCCUUACUCGGCACAGAAUUUUGGCUCGUUACUCUCGGAAGAGAGAAAACUAUCGCUAACAUUAUUUAUAAUAGCCGUGGCCUCGUUUCUGACUUUUCUUCCUGCUGUUAUUAGGGAUGCCAUAAGUGCAGACCACUUGUGGCAGGAUAAAGUUUCACCAACGGCGAUAGCUUAUCGUGUCUCCUAUACUUUUGACGCAUUGUAUUUAUUCAAUCCUAUCUUGAAUCCCCUUAUUUAUGCUAUAAGAAUGCAGCAGUUCAGGAGAGCAGCUAAGAAACUUAUCCGCAAGAAAAAAUCAGGAUCAAUAGGUAUCGAACCUGUUGAAAGUCUUGCUAUGUAG